AUUACAUCAUUAUUGCUCUCUAGUCAGCUGAAUUAUUUUGCCUAUGAAUAAUUAAUGGUCAACAGGAAAGUAAACAAAGUCUGCUUCAAUGAGAUGUUGACAAACAAAAGUUGCAGGAAAUAUCAUAUUUGUCUUUCCGUUUCUUGCCAAAACAAAUGCCUAUAAAAGACCAUACGCAUCUAGACUUUGAAGAAUCAUCGAAUAAUCCUCCAUUUAUCUCUGAAAAUGCAAUUCUUCAGCUUGGUUUCCAUUUUCCUAUUCCUAUCUUUCCUAUUUUUGUUGAGGAAAUGGAAGAACUCCAAUAGCCAAAGCAAAAAAUUGCCACCAGGUCCAUGGAAAAUACCAAUACUAGGAAGUAUGCUUCAUAUGAUUGGUGGAGAACCGCACCAUGUCCUUAGAGAUUUAGCCAAAAAAUAUGGACCACUUAUGCACCUUCAGUUAGGUGAAAUUUCUGCAGUUGUGGUUACUUCUAGGGACAUGGCAAAAGAAGUGCUAAAAACUCAUGACGUCGUUUUUGCAUCUAGGCCUAAAAUUGUAGCCAUGGACAUUAUCUGUUAUAACCAGUCCGACAUUGCCUUUAGCCCUUAUGGCGACCACUGGAGACAAAUGCGUAAAAUUUGUGUCAUGGAACUUCUCAAGACCAAAGUUAUGGUUAAUGUUUGGGCAUUGGGAAGAGAUCCAAAAUAUUGGGAUGACGCGGAAAGCUUUAAGCCAGAGAGAUUUGAGCAAUGCUCUGUGGAUUUUUUUGGUAAUAAUUUUGAGUUUCUUCCCUUUGGCGGUGGACGGAGAAUUUGUCCUGGAAUGUCAUUUGGUUUAGCUAAUCUUUACUUGCCAUUGGCUCAAUUACUCUAUCACUUUGACUGGAAACUCCCAACCGGAAUCAUGCCAAGAGACUUAGACUUGACCGAAUUAUCGGGAAUAACUAUUGCUAGAAAGGGUGACCUUUACUUAAAUGCCACUCCUUAUCAACCUUCUCGAGAGUAAUUCAAUAUUGGCAUAAACAUUUUAAAUUUCCUUCAUCAACCUCAAUAUUGUACAAUAAUCAUUCUUCUGGUGUUAUAGGCUUUAUCGAUUUCCAAUACAUGUAUUCUUUAUUAAAAAAUGUAUCACAUUCCAUGUAUAAGGAGGACGCACCAAUUAAUUGUGCCAUGAUUUUAUGGUAACUUGUUCCAUCUUA